GCGACAAGCGCGAAGGCCCGUCAGUGUCGAAUAGCUUCUUCAGGAGUGCACAGCACAAGCUCCCCCUUUUUAAAACACACCACGCGCUAGCCAGCGAGUCCUCCCUGAACGGAAACGGAAACUCAGCAAGCAAACAACGCCCGAUUUAAAAGGCAAACGUCUACGUCUUGGUUUUUUUUUUUGAGUAACCACUGAGUGUCUUACGAGUGUGUGUGUGUGCGCCCAUAAAGAAGCGUUAAAGAAAGCAGAAACACAGUCAAUAAUCUGCAAAGAAUCUUCCUAGUGUAUACUAAUUCUAAAAAAAAGCGCUACAAAGUAAGAGAAAAAAAAAGCUUUCGUUUAAGGUUACAGGAUCGACAUCCAGCGUCCACCAGAAGUGCGCUUCAUCCUCAACAGUGCGUGCAGAUAUUAACAACACACUAUCGAGAUGGUCCUGCGAAGCAAGAAUCUUGUCCGUUACGUGUUCCAGAACCAGCACAAGCUAAUCCAGCAGCUGCUUGUACAGGGUGGUCCAGUGCGUGCAUGCAGCGGUCACGGUGGUACGCAGCAGCAGGCUCAGCUGCGCGUGGAGGAAGAUGACAAUUUCCCCAAGAUUGCCGAGGUGCCACCGCUAGCGGCACCGUUCCCGAUGACGAUCGAGCAUGGAGCCGACGUGGGAGAACAGUUCAAGUAUUCCGAUCUCGGUGUUCGUCUGGCGGCGCCCCAUCAGCUUAACCCGAAACCGGACGUUGACGAUCUGGCAUUCGGGAAGUACUUCACCGAUCACAUGCUCAAGGUGCCGUAUCACCGCAGACUAGGAGGUUGGCAGAAGCCCGAAAUAACCCCCAUGGAAAACCUUAACCUACACCCGGCAGCUAAAGUAUUCCACUACGCUAUUGAGCUAUUCGAAGGCAUGAAGGCGUACCGUGGAUAUGAUGGGAAGAUUCGUCUAUUCCGACCGGAAAUGAAUAUGGCGCGCAUGAAUGCUACCGCCUACCGCUCCGGUUUGCCCACGUUCGAGGGUGAGGAGCUGAUCAAAGCGAUGGCCCGAUUGGUUAUGAUCGAUUCAGAGUGGGUACCGCAUACCGAAUCUGCCAGCCUUUACAUCCGCCCAACACUGAUCGGCAUUGAGCCAACGCUAGGCGUUGCAUCGUCCGAUUCUGCCCUACUUUACACCAUCCUUUCACCUGUCGGACCAUACUUUAAGCCGGGCGCCAAAGGUUUAAAGCUGUACGCCGAGCCGAAAUAUACGCGUGCCUGGCCCGGUGGUGUCGGUGACCGUAAGGUUGGUUCCAACUACGGACCGACGAUCCACGUCCAGCAGGAAGCAUUGCGUAACGGUUGCCAUCAGGUACUAUGGCUGUACGGUGAUGAUCACCAGCUGACGGAAGUGGGCGUCAUGAACAUCUUCAUGCUGUACAUGAAGGAGAACGGAGAGCGCGAACUGAUAACACCUCCACUGAACGGUCUCAUUCUGCCCGGUAUCACGCGCGACUCCAUCAUCCGUCUCUGCCACCAGUGGGGUGAAUUUUCGGUCUGCGAACGUAAGUUCACCAUGCCCGAAAUCAAGAAGCUCUCCAAGGAAGGACGGCUAUUGGAAAUGUUUGGCGCUGGUACGGCAGCCGUCAUUAGCCCGAUCGAGCAAAUCUCGUACAUGGGCGAAGACAUCUUCGUGCCAACGGAAAGCCACGACAAUCCGGUGUACCGGCGGCUGUACAACACGCUCACCGAUAUCCAGUACGGCAAGCUGGAACAUCCGUGGGCCUACGUUAUAGACUGAGGUGUCUUUGCUGCCGUGUGCAUUAUGAGUUGUACUCCGUCGCAAAACCAAGCUCAGCCAGUAGUAUAGCAGCAGCAGUGUAUCCAGUCCUAUUUUCCCGUCCCAAUCCUUCCCGUUUCUACUUCUAUGCGCUAAAGCUCGAAACAUUCCAUUCUGCUGCUACACUACAACAACAUCCUCUCUGUACAUAACUAUAUUUUUUGCAGUAGAUUUACUUUGCUAAGUCUCUCUCGUAGGGCAUACCCACACAUACAUAUAUAAUUUUCCCACCAUCUCUUAGAGGAUUUCAUUAGAAUCCACUCUGAUUAGUAGCAGUAGCUUUCCAAUAAUCCUUUUCCAACAGUUUGUCCAAACUCCAAAAACCAAACCAGGUCUCCAUUUGUUGGAUUCGAUGUCUGCAAAAUUACUUGUGAUAGUAAUGUGUGUGUGUUUGAGAGAGAGAAGAAGAGAGCGAGAGAGAAAGAGAGAGAGAGAGAGAGAGGGAGAAAGAAAGAGAGAGCUCAAUCCUUGCUCAGAUUGGUAGGAUACACGAUCGAUUAGAAUAGAUAAUUAGCAAUAGUACGCCAUUAGUAAGCGCCAAGGUGUACACAAACCAGGUGUACCACCAAAACUCUCCCCCCCCCACCCCAGGGGCGCUCCCGUGAAGGCAGCAUGAUGUUGUGCCAGCAGUUCCGUUGCACUGCGUUUGAUUAUUAUUUUUUUUUUGCUUUUGUAACGUAUUUUUUUUAAAUUUUGUGAGUCACAACAUAUUUUGUGACAAUCACAAAAUGGCGCUAGUGUACCAUGGUGAACGAAUGCACCAUCUUAUUGCUUACGGAAGGUAGCCAAAAAAAAAAUAACGAAAGGAGAUGCUGCUGCAAACGUGCAUUUACUAGUACUGUAAGGUAGGGUUCUCUAUUCCUUGUAUUUAUAUAUGUAGCUGCGUGCUGUGUGCAAAACUAUCCUAAACAGUUCAAAUAUCAGCAUCGGGUCUAGUGCGCAGUGAUCGUUCUGUCGGGCUGUGCAUUUCACUAGAAGACAGUAAAAAGCGGGGGGGCCCAACGCGUACAAAGCACCUAAACAUCCAAAAAAGGCACACACACAGAUAGAGAAAGUUUCUCAAUGGAGAGCAGCUCACAAUCCGUUCAAGUGACUCAACACUUAAGCACACAGCCGUAUUGUACGUGCCAUAGGCACUGUAAUACAUGGCGUGUGUGCUUUUAUUUUAUUUUUUUUUUUGCGCCUCACCUGUACGUUAUAUACCUUCAGGGUGUUAUGGGGCGAUUUUUACGAUCGUUACCCCCUCAAAAAAAAAACUCACCCCCCAAACACAUUGCUCCGGCCAUAGCGACCGGGAUGUAUGGUUUUCUCUUGUGAUAGGGCCUUUUCUUAGGUAUUUGUUUUUUUUUUUAAUUUAAGAAGAAGAAAAAUUCGUCUUAGUUAUUUCCCGCUACGCCCUCUAGCCGUAGUAGUAAACAGAUUUUAUUUUUCUUUAUUUAGAAAAGAAAUUUGUCGUACAAAGGAAGAAGAAAAGUGCAUUUCCCCGAAUAGUUGGCUCUUUUGUAAAUAUAGCGAAAAAGAGCUACUAGCUCGCUGGUUUACCGGAUAGAAGCAUUGUUUCCUGUUGUUUUUCUUUGUCUGUGCUCACUCUUGACAGGUGAACCGGAAACGAACGUGCGACACCGGGCGGCAAUAGAGACUAUCCUUUCCAACGUCCCAAAUUUCACCGUUUGUGGGCCCGGGACGGAUAGCAGCCGAAUAAUACCGCAAGCAUAAGAAUAUUCCAUAUAAUUAGCGUCUAGUGUUUUACAACGCAAGUGUCAUAAACCACUGAACGUAGCGUUUUAAAGUGAACAGAAAAAAACGAUAAAUAAAUUCAUUGUGUUAUGUACCCGCUAAA